GCGGGUGAAAUUACCUAGCUUCUCCCCGCGGUACAAUACCAUAAUAACGGCCCCAGAGUAUGGGGUACGGAGUCAGGGACCCCACCGACAUAUCUGCCGAUGGCCGAGGUGACCAAAUCAGGCCUCGGCAAAAUGAGACAAACACAUCCCCUGUAUCCCUUGUACCCCCCUGUAACUAACCUCGAUUAAACCCUUUCAAGCUUCUCCUCUGCGGCGCAAUCCAUUCAUUUAUUCGUUCUUUAUCAACUCCAGACAAUGCCACUCGCCAUUGAUUUAAGCUAGUGAUAUUCCUUUCCUCCUCCCACCAUCUUCCUCAGUUGUUUCAACCAUAUCAGAUAGUAUAUACCAGUUAGUAUAUACCUCCAUCUGUCAAGACCAUCUUUCAAGAUGGCUACCGAGCGGGUCAAUUCCAUUUUGAAGCACCUAUCCCCCAGCUCACCUUUAGCUGCCAUCACCUCAAAGAACCCGGACGAUGUAGUCAUCACGCUCGCGAUCCGGACGCCGCUUUGCAAGGGCAAGAAGGGCGGGUUCAAGGAUACGUCCGUCGAAUACCUCAUGUAUGCCAUCUUGAAGGCCGCCCGGGAACGUCUAGUCUUCUCGCCGGAUCUCGUAGAGGAUAUCUGUAUGGGUAACGUCUCGGACAGCAAAGCAGCCUACAAGGCCCGUGCCGCAGCCCUCGCCGCCGGAUUUCCUAAUACGACAAGCGCCUCGUCCGUCAAUCGGUUUUGCUCCUCGGGACUGAAGGCCACAGCCGAUAUUGCCCACCAGAUCGCUGCUGGCUCGAUCGAGAUCGGUAUCGCUGCUGGUACCGAAUCCAUGAGUAUAGGAGGCGAUAAUCUCGAACAGCCUUUCGACGAAGAGGUGACUAAGCAUAGCCAAGAAGCCGUCGACUGUAUGAUGGCCAUGGGCUGGACGAGUGAGAAUGUGGCCAAGGAUUUUGGCCUGUCCCGCAAGGUCGUCGAUGAGUAUGCGGCCGAGAGCUUCAGGCGGGCUGAGCUAGCUCAAAAGGCUGGCCUUUUCGACGACGAGAUCGUGCCUAUCACCACCAAAGUGAAGGGGCCCGACGGCGAGCUGAAGACGGUUACGUUAACGAAAGAUGAAGGUAUUCGACCAGGGACGACGGCUGCCGGGUUGGGGAAAAUCCGGAAUGCGUUUCCUCAAUGGGGUCCCAUCACUACGGGAGGCAAUGCCAGCCAAGUCACCGACGGCGCCGCGGCAGUAGUGCUCAUGAAACGUUCCAAAGCCACCGAGCUCGGUUUACCGAUCUUGGCCAAAUAUGUCGGGUCGACUGUUGCCGGUCUGGCUCCUAGGAUCAUGGGUAUCGGACCAACCGUAGCGAUCCCAAAGUUACUUAAGCAGCACAACAUUACUCUCGAUGAUGUUGACGUGGUGGAGAUUAACGAGGCGUUUGGAACAAUGGCCGUAUACUGUAGGGAAUACCUCAAAUUAGACUGGGCCAAGAUGAAUCCUCGAGGAGGCGCCAUCGCGCUUGGCCACCCUCUCGGCACGACAGGCGCCCGGCAGAUCGUCACUGGUCUAAGCGAGCUUAGGCGGACUAAAAAGAAGAUUCUAUUGACGAGCAUGUGUAUCGGAACGGGAAUGGGCAUGGCUGGCCUAUUUGUUAACGAGCAAUGAUACUCGUACGCGAUAGAUACCUUCGAUUUUAGAUAAGCUCACAGCAGGGAGAGAAACGUUGGAAUUAGAUGUUAUUCCUACCUAUCCACAAUCGAUACAGAUACAGAUACAUGUAAUCAAUUCUAGUAUAUGCGCCAUGUCACUUUGCCAUGUCCUGCGCGGCUUACAACCAAACUUGUGUUAUAAUCUUCUUACUAGGUAGCAUUGUGUGGUAUAGUAGCAAUGGAUUUAAAUCUCCGGAUACAAGCAGGCCUCUCACCUGCUAGGUUAAGGUGUUACUUGACCGUGGGAGU